AUGGGCAUUUGAACGCAACCUUUCCGCGCAGAAGAACGCGCCGCACGGCCCCGGGGCUCAGAGCGCAGCGGGCGGGUACCGCCUCACUUCGUCCACCCCCCACACCCCCACCCCUCCACCCCUCCACCCACCCCCUCCCUCACGUUUUUUGUGUGGAUGUAACCCGAUCGGAUUUUGGCCUGUUGGACUGAGCGGUCGGUCGGUCGGUCGGUUGGGUGGUCGGUUGUUCUGGAGGCCGGGAGCAGGACAGCGUCUGCCCGGGCUCGUGCGUCUUGGUGGCGGGAGUGUCGCGGUCGGUCGGUCGGUCUGUUCCCGUGGAGAGCGGAGCGGAGACCUGCUGCUGCUCCGUGUGUGUGUGUGUGUGUUCCUCUUUUCUCGACGGGACUCCGUUACACACGGGAUUACCUGAUUAACGCUCCGGUACCGGGGAGUUGGAUGUGUGCUCUGCCCCGCGGGAGUCACCUGGAGACCGGGCGCAGCGACUGGGCCGAUGGCGCAACGGUAUGAAGACUUGGCUCACUACGGGCUGGAGGGCGUGGGCGGCGUGUACGGAGACCCGCACCACCACCACCACGCCGCCCGCUCCCUGCAGGCCGUGCACCUGGCGGCGGCCGCUGCAGCCGCCGCCACCGCCGGCUCGUACCCUCCACACCAGUACGGCCAGUCCAACGCCCACACCGGCGGCGGCGGUGGCGGCGGCGGAGGCGGCGUGGGCGCCACGGUCGGGGACGCCGUCAAGAGGGACAAAGACGCCAUUUAUGGACAUCCUUUGUUUCCUCUGCUCGCACUGAUUUUCGAAAAAUGUGAAUUGGCGACGUGCACGCCGAGAGAGAGCGGCGUGGCCGGAGGAGACGUCUGCUCCUCGGACUCCUUCAACGAGGACAUCGCCGUCUUCUCCAAACAGAUCCGAUCAGAAAGGCCUUUAUUUUCAUCAAAUCCUGAGCUGGAUAAUUUGAUGGUACAGUCGAUACAAGUGCUGCGCUUCCACCUGCUGGAGCUGGAGAAGGUCCACGAGCUUUGUGAUAACUUCUGCCAUCGGUACAUCAGCUGCCUGAAAGGGAAGAUGCCGAUCGAUCUGGUUAUGGACGACCGAGACGGAAACAAGUCGGACAGCGAGGACUUCAUCAAGUCCUCGGGGAACAACGUGGACCAGAUCUCGUGGAGCAAAGAUCCCGACGACGCGGCGUCGGUCCGGUCGGCCGGGACGCCGGGCCCGUCCAGCGGCGGCCAAACGUCCUACAGCGGAGACAACAGCAGCGAACAGGGCGACUGCCUGGAUAACGGCGGCGCGUCUCCGAGCACCGGCGACGACGACGACCCCGAGAGAGAGAAGCUGCGCAACAAGAAGAGAGGCAUCUUCCCCAAGGUGGCCACCAACAUCCUGAGAGCCUGGCUCUUUCAGCACCUCACGCACCCGUACCCGUCGGAGGAGCAGAAGAAGCAGCUGGCUCAGGACACCAGCCUCACCAUCCUGCAGGUCAACAACUGGUUCAUCAACGCGAGGCGGCGGAUCGUUCAGCCCAUGAUCGACCAGUCCAACAGAGCAGUGGGCAAUGCAGGACCGUACGGCCCAGAUGGUCAGCCAAUGGGAAGCUUCGUUAUGGACGGACAGACACACAUGGGAAUCAGACCACCUGGUCCCAUCGGCGGGGUGGGGAUGGGCGUGGAGGGCCAGUGGCACUACAUGUAGCACCGCCACCGCCGCGCUGCAGCCAGAGGACACGCCCAGUGUCCCGGUAGAACCACCGACUCCAUCAGCCGGUCUGCAGGCCCCUCCCGGAGCAGGACCCCCCACCCCCGUCCUCCUCUUAGCCCCUCCCCCUCCGGGCGAUUUACCUGGUCCCGAGAAGGAAGAAAAACUCACCUGACGACCUCCGAGUCACGGAACCGGGCGGCCGGCGGGGGACAGAUGGAGACCGCCGCCGCGGCGCCUCUGGAUUCCGAUGGUUUCCUGUGAUGUCAGCAGCCCAGAGUGACCUUGACCUUCCCUCUCUCCUCUCUGGACAACUACAGGAGCCCGAAGUGGACAUUUUGACAUUUCGGCCCUCGCCUCCUCUCCAGCGAGUUGAACUCACAGCUGAAGUCUGUAUUCGUCGUCUUGAAGCCGUUUUCUUUCAAGAGGUCGAAAAAGCUCUAAAAAAAAAAAGAUGGACGGCAGAGGUCACGUGACCCGAGAGACGGGUCCUCACAAGUGCUCCGCUGCUGCCUUUUCUUUUUGUUGUUGUUGUUGUUUUUGCAUAAUAUACUGUUUUAAAGGAAAGGGACUUGUACUGUU